UGAGGCAUGUCAGAGCAAAAAAAAUGAAAAAAGCAAGAUGGCGUUUGACGGAAAAUACAUUAUUGUUCUGUGUUCUUAAUCCGUGCGUGGACGUUCACAAAUAGACCGUGUAAUAGAGUCAAUUGUUGUAAUUGUUUGUAUCGGGAUACAUUAAUCUGAGCGAUUGACGCUCCUCAGGCUAGUUUAGCUUGUUAGCUGCUAACAAGACGCGGAAGUGAUCAACAUAUAGCUCAGCAAAGAAGUGUUGUGAUCGUGUGGAAAAAUGUGCGAAAAAACGAUAGCCGAGUACGAGGAACAACUUUCUCCAACAAAAGAGGAGAACGAGCGACAACGUCAACUCCUGGACGCCUUUUUAAAGAAACAUCCAACAUUACACGGAGCAGACGUCCGUGAAGAACAUCAGCAGGAGUGUAGCUCCACGGUGGAGCAGGAUGAGCCAAAGCCCCGCCACAUUAAAGAGGAAGAGGAGGAGCACAGCAUCAGUCAGGAGGGAGAGCGACUCGAAGGACUGGAGGAGUUUCCAGUGAUUGGUGUCAUUGUGAAGAGUGAAGACAAAGAAGCUGAGGGAGACCAGUGUGGUGCAUCACAAGCAGACAACCGCUUAGCUCCACUAUCAGAUAGUGAUGACACAACGUCACACUCCGCUGACACUGAUGAUGAAGACUCUACAGAUGAUAUGACUUGUCACACUGACAACACACAUUGGGAAUGUUCUCAGUGUGACAAAACUUUUAGUGCCAAGGCCUUUUUGAUAAGACACAUGAGAAGGCACACUGGAGAAAAACCUUUUGCUUGCUUAGUCUGCAACAAAAGAUUCUCUCGACAGGAUUACCUGACAAGACACAUAAGAACGCACACUGGGGAAAAACCAUACUCCUGCUCAAUCUGCAACAAAGGUUUUCAUGAUGUCUCAGCGCUGGUUAACCACACACGAAUACACACUGGUGAAAAACCUUUUAUCUGCUCGGUUUGUGGGAAAAGUUUUACCUAUAAGACACAAUUAACAAGUCACAUGAAAACACACACUGGGCAGAAACCAUUUUCCUGCUCAAUCUGCAACAAAGAUUUCCGUCAAAGCUCAGCGUUGGUUCGACACAUGAGAGGACACACCGGAGAAAAACCAUUUAGUUGCUCGGUGUGUGGUCAAAGAUUUUCUCAAAGUCAAAGUUUAAAAACACACAUCCGAGUGCACACGGGUGAGAAGCCUUUUCCCUGUUCGGUCUGCGGGAAAAGAUUUACUCGGAAUACAAAUUUGAUGGCACACACAAGAAGACACACUGGGGAGAAAGUGUUGAGUUGCAGUGUGUGUGAUGAGAGCUUCUCUUAUAAGUAUCAGGUUAACAAACACAAGUGUGCUGGUGAGAACAGCAGCAGGACUUGAAAUGAACUCAAGACUUUGAUUGCCUUUCCAACAACAUCAAACAUAACGUCAUGUGACAUUGUUGUGUGUAUGCAUUCAAAAUGCAAUAAAAUAACUUGUUGGUUCAUGUGAAAGUAUUGUGUGUUA